CCUGAGAGGGAAGAAUCGGCUGGCUCCUGGAGAUAGACCUGAGCACACAGAGCCUCCCCACACCUUCCGAUCGGCACCUUGCUGCCCAGGAGCCUCCUCCAGCUAGCCUUCCUCCUCAGUCCGCUAUGGCCACUUCCAAUAGCAGCGCAGGCAUCCGGUGGUCCAGACAGGAGACACGCACGCUUCUCUCCAUACUAGGCGAGGCAGAGUAUAUGCAGCGCCUUCAGACCGUGCAUCACAACGCAGACGUCUACCAGGCCGUGUCUAAGCGGAUGCAGCAGGAAGGCUUCCGCCGCACCGAGCGUCAGUGCCGCUCCAAGUUCAAAGUCCUGAAGGCGUUAUAUUUAAAGGCCUAUGUGGCCCACGCCACAAGUAUGGGUGAUCCACCACACUGUCCCUUUUAUGAUACGUUGGAUCAGCUUCUCCGAACUCAGAUAGUGACUGACGCAGACAACUUAAUGGAGGAUGCUGCUUGGGCCGAGCACUGUGAUCAGAACUUAGCGGCCCCUGACACCCCAGGGGAAGAGGGAGCCAGCAUUCUGGGAGCAAAGAGGACUCAGGCAGCAGAUCAUCAGCCUAUCUUGAAAACAGUUAAGGAAUCAGAUGAGGAUUGUCAACUGAGGAUCAGUGACCAGACGCGAGAAACCAGUGACCUUGAGGAUUCCUGGGAUGAAUCUUCGGGUGCAGGGUGCUCUCAAGGGACCCCCAGCUACAGCAGCUCCCACCACCUUUUCAGAGGUGCAGCUGCUCCCUGUCAGAGCAGCCCCGUGACCAGACUGGGGGUGUCCGGUGAGCCCAGCCCCUGCACCAGCUCCGGCCGAAACACUCCCGGGGUGGCCUCGGCACAGCGGCCUCCAGGCUCCUCCUCCAGAGUUCCUUUUGUUUCUGGUGGGGAUGGGCCUUUGACCAGUGAGCCCCCUCCCAGGUGGGCAAGGCGAAGAAGGCGGUCCGUGGCCAGGACUAUCGCAGCCGAGUUGGCAGAAAACAGGAGAUUGGCACGAGAACUUUCAAAGCGGGAGGAGGAAAAAUUGGACCGGUUGAUUGCCAUUGGCGAGGAGGCCAGUGCUCAGCAGGACACAGCCAACGAGCUGCGUAGGGAUGCAGUGGUCGCCAUGAGACGCUUGGCCACGGCGGUGGAAGAGGCAACCGGUGCUUUCCAGCUAGGGCUUGAAAAGUUGCUUCAGAGCUCUGAUGAUCCACAGGCUCAGAAAUACAUCAGGGAUAGUAAAUGUUUAGUCAUUGAAAAAAAUGGGAAAUUACGAUAUGAAAUAGAUACUGGAGAAGAAAAGAAAUUUGUCAGCCCAGAAGAUGUUGCCAGACUGAUAUUUAGUAAAAUGAAAGAAACAGCACAUUCUGUCUUGGGCUCAGAUGCAAAUGAUGUAGUUAUUACUGUUCCAUUUGAUUUUGGAGAAAAACAAAAAAAUGCUCUUGGGGAAGCAGCCAGAGCUGCUGGGUUCAAUGUUUUGCGAUUAAUCCACGAACCAUCUGCAGCUCUUUUGGCUUAUGGAAUUGGACAAGACUCCCCCACUGGAAAAAGCAACAUUUUGGUAUUCAAACUUGGAGGAACAUCCUUAUCUAUCAGUGUCAUGGAAGUUAACAGUGGAAUAUAUCGUGUUCUCUCAACAAACACUGAUAAUAACAUUGGAGGUACACAUUUCACAGAAACCUUAGCACAGUACCUAGCUUCUGAGUUUCAGAGAUCCUUUAAACAUGACGUGCGAGGAAAUGCCCGUGCCAUGGUGAAACUGAUGAACAGUGCUGACAUUGCAAAACAUUCUUUGUCAACCUUGGGAAGUGCCAAUUGUUUCCUUGACUCGUUGUAUAAAGGUCAAGAUUUUGACUGCAAUGUGUCCAGAGCAAGAUUUGAACUUCUCUGUUCUCCACUUUUUAAUAAAUGUAUAGAAGCAAUCAGAGAACUCUUAGAACAAAGUGGAUUUACAGCAGAUGAUAUCAACAAGAUUAUUUCUACUCAUUUAAAAUACAGGGCUUCCCUGGUGGCGCAGUGGUUGAGAGUCCGCCUGCCGAUGCAGGGGACACGGGUUCGUGCCCGGGUCCAGGAAGAUCCCACAUGCCGCGGAGCGGCUAGGCCCGUGAGCCAUGGCCGCUGAGCCUGCGCGUCCGGAGCCUGUGCUCUGCAACGGGAGAGGCCACAACAGUGAGAGGCCCGCGUACUGCAAAAAAAAAAAUAAAUAAAAAAUAAAAUAAAAUACAUAUAAAUUUUUUUCAUUUUUGUUAAUAAAGGCAUUUUCAUAUAAGAAAACUCAGAAAAUAGGUAACCAGUGUUUUAUUUUAUAAUAAACUAGUCUAAUUUGUAUGCACAAUUUUGAAUUCUAUGUUCCUUAAAUAAUAAUAUAAUCAAUUUCUUUGCCCAUAUUACUGUGUAGUCUUCAUCAACACAAUUUUAAAUAGACUCAAUAUCCUAGAAAAGGAAGAGCACCAUAGAUUACUUCAUUGUUCUGUUUGGAUUCCUAGAUCAGGUCUUCCCCUCCCCAGAACAGUGAUGCCCAUCUUUUCCCAUAUUUAAUGUUAUUCCUUGGGAUAGAUUCCCAUAGUAAAAUCAUUGGGUCAGAGAGUAUAAAUAGCUUAAAACUAUUUUUACCUUCAGUUACCUUCCAAGAGAGUUGAAUUAACUCAUACUUUCAUCAGCAAUAUAUGAGAAAAGACAUUUUACUGUAACCUUGCUGACACUGAGUUUUAUCAUUUAAAGAUAAAUUUUCCAUUAAGUAGUUGAA